AUGCUCACAGAUGAUAUGAUACUUUACGCUGGUCCAAACGAAAUAGAUUACAUUGAUUUAGUCGUAUUCACAAUAGAAGGCAAGAAAAUCAUGCUAGAAGUAAAGACAAAUAAUACAUUCGGUGAAAUACAGGCUGAAAUUGAGAAAAGGCAUAAUAUCGAUUUUACAAAUUCCAUUAUAAUUUAUAAUUCCAAAAUUAUGGAAAGUAACACAUUCUUGAAUAGUGAAUUAAGAUCUCCAUUUCCAACAUUAUUCAUUGCAUCAAAUAAUCGUGCUGAUGAAUAUGUUAUGUGCUACAUUCAAUUCGGAAAUUCAUUAUUGAUGGAGGUUGACGCCCCACCGAAGUUCCAAAUUAAAUACAUCAAAUCAGAGAUUCAGAAAUACUACCGUAUUAACAAAUCCCAAGUUAAAAUUUACAAUAAAGAUGUUUUAUGCCGCAAUGAAGACCAGAUAUCGCAAUUUGCAGAUGGAAAACAUGUUGUUGUCUUCAGUUCAAGACUAUCCGGCCAAUUAGAUGUUGAUGGAAAGUUCCAGGGAAUGGCCAAAAAAUUUAUUUUCGAUUCUGAAUUAGAGUUUGGACAAAUUACUACGGAACUGCAACAAGCUAUCACUGCGGAUGCCGACAAAACUAUUUACUACCACGGAGACAAACUUUUAGAUUCAACCUUAAUCUGGUCUCUUUACGAUAUCCACCCAAAGUUCACCAUUGGCGAUCCGAUUGACGAGCAGUACGCCAAAAUGGUCAAAGAGAAGUAUGAACCAAUGGUUGCUUCUGGAGAUCCUUCUGCUUGCUACGCGUACGGCAUGAUUCUCUUGUACGGCAUCAUGGUUCAAAAGGAUAUUGGUGAGGGCCUCAGAUACCUCACUCAGGCCAUCGAAAAAAGGCAUAUGCAGGCUUGUAUCGCUUAUCUCAAAUUAUUAAAGGAAGGAAUCAUACCGAACAGUCCAGAAAUAAGCGAAGAAAAAGUCAUACAAGUUGCCGCAGAUGCAAAUGAUAGAUCUGCUAUGUAUUUAUACGGUAAAUUACUCGAAAGUCAAAACCGUAUCGUCGAAGCCGAAAAAUAUUUCAAACAAUCAUCGGAUGCCGGUUAUAUUCUCUCAAAAACCCACCUUGGCCGUCUCGGAAUCAAAGGUGCGAGAACAAUUUCGAUUGAAGAAGGUUUCCUUAUGCUAGACCAAGCCGCCAGAGCAGGCCAUGCCUCAGCCAUGAAGUCUCAAGCGAAACAGAUGUCUCAAACAAGUCAAUCUGAAUCAGAAAUUCUCAUGGAGAGAGCUGCGAACGCUGGAUCGAGUGGUGCAAGUCUCUGUAUGGCUAUAUCCAAGUUGGAGGCCAACGAUCCGGCGGCAGCCAUGGAAUUGAUUGAAAAAUCCGCCAAAAUGGAAAAUGUCAAAGGCAUGAGAUAUUACGGUAUCGCUCUUCAUCGUGGAAAAAUCACCAAAAAGAAUUCCAAACUUGCUUACGAAUAUCUCAAAAAAGCUUCCGAUCUUGGAGAUAUCCCCGCUCGGUACCACCUCUCGAAAGCACUUAUCGAAGGUGACGGCAUCGAGCCCAACGCCCAAGCAGCCUUUGCGUUGCUCAGUUCGAUCUAUAUGAUGUACAUUCCCGCUGCAAUUUUAUUAACGAACAUGAGGUUGAGGGGAAUCGGCUGCGACAGGGAUCCCGUUCAAGCCAUGGAGAUGGCCAGAUACGCCAUGAGCCGCGGUUCGUACAAAGCCAUGCGAAUUGUCGGCAUGAUGGAGAAAGACGGUAUCGGCUGUCAAAAAGAAGCAUACAAAGCCCAAGAGCACUUCAAAGAGGCCGCGCCUCAUGACGUAAUUGCUCUUUUCCAGUACGCCCUCAUGCUCAAACUCUCAGCCAACGAAGGCACCAAAAACAUGGUUAUUAACAUGUUAGAAGAGGCCUCCUCCAAAGGUCUCCCCGACGCCGACCAAGAACUCGCUCUCAUGUUCAUGAACGAAGACAUUACGAAGUCGAUUUACCACUUCAACGUUGCAGCACGUGCCGGAUUGCCUCUUUCCAUGUACAACUUAGCUCACAUGUGGAUCGGAAUGGGCGAAUGCACGCAAGCAGCGAUAAACUACAUGAGAGGCGCCGCUGACAAAGAUGUUCCUUUGGCAUGUUACGAAUACGCGAAAUUAAUUGCAGAAGGAAAAGUAGAAAAUGCCGGUGAAAACGAAGAAAUUGUUUAUCUUAGAAAAGCAACAGUUUUAGGCGUAAAAGAUGCUGAAGUUGAUUUAGGCAUCAUCUUCUACAAACAAGGAGAUUUCCAACAAGCAGCUGAUCAUUUAAGAAGAGCUUAUGAUGCAGGUGUUUACAGAGGAAUUUCUUUCUACGUUUUGAGUUUAGAAAGAAUGAAUUAUCCAUCGCACGAGAUCUUGAGAUGGGAAAGAAUUGGUGCAGAACACAACGACAUCAUCUGUUUGCUGAGACUCGGAAACUACUCAAUGGAAGAAAAGAAAUUCGAUGAUGCCGCGAGUAUCUUCAUCAAAGCAAUGGAACAAGGUUCUUAUGAAGCCAUUUACCAGUACGCAACAAUGUUGGAAGGCGGAAAAGGCAUCGAAAAGAACUUGGAUUUGGCCGUGGAGUAUCAUAAGAGAGCUGUUGAAAACGGUGUUGUUGAUUCUUUAGUUGCUUUGGGAAGAAUUUUGUCAAGAAAGGAUUACGCGAAUAGAAAUCCUAUUGAAGCAUUAAAUUACUAUAAAAUGGCUGCCGACAAAGGAAACUACCAUGCUGUUUACGGAAUGGCAACUCUCCUUAGAGAAGGUGAUGAUGGAGUUCCUAAAGAUGUCGACCAAUCAUAUAAAUUGUUCAGAGAUUGUUACGAACACGAAUAUUGGUUGGCAGCUUAUGAUUUAGGUUUAAUGACAGAAAUAGGAGAAGGAUGCGAGAAAAACGGAUUCGGAUCAAUGCAGUACUUCAAGACAGGUAUGGAACACAACGUUUUGAAGUGUUUAGCACCUUACGCGAGAAACAAAUUCUUCGGAGUAAACUGCGACAAAGACAUCGAUAUCGCCAAAAAUAUCAUGCAGACAGGAAUAAAUCUGAGAGAUCCUGACUCAACAUUUUUGUACGGAGAAGUCCUUGCAGCUGAAGGAAACUUAGAAGCAGCAACUAACUAUUAUUUGAUGGCUUCCGAUUUCGGAAAUAUCGAAGCAAUGAAUGCUGCUGCAGUAAUUUUGGCACAAAAUGUUGAAACAGUCACAAAAGCUGCAGAAUUAUUCCAAAAAGCCGCUGAUUUAGGAGACCCAAUUGCUGCUUGUAACAUUGGUAUAAUGCUUGCAAGUGGUAAUGGAGUGUUAAGAGAUUACACAAAGGCAAUGAAUUAUCUACAAAGAGCUGUGAAAACAGGAAAUGUUGAAGCAAUGUAUAACAUCGCAGUUUUGAUGGUGAAAAUGAACAAAAAUGGUUUGUACGAUGCAGAAAUAAGAGAUUACUUCAAGAAGGCAGCUGACGGAGGAAACACACAAGCAAUGUACAACCUUGGUAUAUUGCUGACUGAAAAGGAAACAAAGGACUACAAGACAGGAAUGAGAUACUUGAGAAUGGCCGCAAACAAAGGAAUAGAAAACGCUGCGUAUAAAUACAGUUACAAUACUUUGACAAAUUCUGAAGGAAGGAAAGAUGAUGAAUUGGCAAUGGAAUACUGCAAACAAGCAGUUGCUGCAGGAAACUUCGACGCGUUGUGUUUGUACGGCGUAAUGCUGUUGAAUGGACGUGGAGCUCCUGCUUCUAUCUCUGACGCUUUGCAGUGUUUCAGACUCGGUGUUGAAAGCGGACAUUUGAAUUCCAUGUACAACUACGCAAUGGUUCAGUUGAAUUCUAACCCUGAUGCAAAGACUUAUCAGGAGUCUGUAGCUUUGUUGAAGAGAGCUGCUGAGUUAGGCUGCGAACAUGCAGUUCAUCAAUGUGAAGUUUAUCAUCUUGACUGA